AUGGCUACGUCUUCACCAAUAUACACGCCACUCGGUGACCCAUCGUCGAAUAUCCGGCUAUUAGAGAUCCACGUUCGAGAGUCGAAGCGACGUCCUGCGGUGACAUGUCGCAUGAGGACUGUUUCCCUCGACACCGCUCCACCAUUCGCGGCCUUAUCCUAUGUUUGGGGAGACGCCGAUGACCGCGAGAAUAUCGUCGUCAAUAGCCAACUCGUAUCAGUUACCAAGAACCUCGAGGCCGCCCUCCGACAUGCUCCCUCCUUUCAAGAAAUACAUCCUGCUUGUUCCCCGAUAUUCCUGCUAUGGGCAGACGCUAUUUGUAUCGACCAGCAGAAUAACCCAGAGCGGGGGGCACAGGUCCAGCUCAUGGCAAAGAUAUUCCAACAGGCCGAAUGCGUCUUCGCGUGGUUGGGCUCUGAGGAUGAGGACUUGGCAUUCCGAUCCAUGAGGCCAAUUCUUCACGAGAUGACCCGCACAGGCGAAAACAAUAUCAGAGACUUGCGAUCACUGGUAUCGUUGGAAUGGCUACGUCCAUACCCGGAGCUAUGCGAUAACCACGUCUUUGUCACAAAGGACGAGAAUCUUCCAAAUAUUCCCACCAUCUUCAACGCUGCCUGGUCAGCAAUCAACGACCUCGUCUCACGAAAAUACUGGACGCGGGUCUGGAUCUUUCAGGAAGCCGUGCUAGCAAAGCGUCUCAUUCUAGCAUGCCCUACCUCGGCCAUGGGCUUUGACGACUUGGGAGCUUUCACGAACGUCAUGAAAAUGCUACAGCAGUUUCUGAGAACUGUACCACGGGCCAAGCCCAACUUCUUGGGGAGUGCGGUGUGGUACUAUAUAAGAGACGUCAUCGACUGGACCCGCAUCGUCAUAAUCAGUCGGCAACGAUUUGGUCGUGAGUCCAAGCCUAAAGAAAUGGAACAGAGAUUUUCCAUGACAAUGACUGGAUUUAAUCUCGACGCGACUGAUCCGAGAGAUCACGUAUACGGUCUCCUGGCUUUGACGGGCAUGGAUAUCAAGCCAGACUACACCAGAUUUCUAGGAGAGGUCUAUACCGAGUUCGCAGGGAGGCUACUAGAGACAAAUCGACUUCAGAAUGCUUCCCAGGAGCUUUCGUGGCUUCAAUAUGCCGGGGUGGGUGUCUUUGACCAAGUCUCCGCAUUGCCAUCCUGGGUUCCGAACCUGCAAGGCAGGUCUCAGAUGAAGGUCUUCCUUUCGACUUCGGCAGCCUACAAAGACGGUCUCGCCGCCUUUUCAGGAGCUGCUUGCAUAAAAGACAAUACAUUGACUGUUCCCGGGGUUGAAGUCGACGUGGUCACAAAGGUGCACAGCUUUCCCCAGGGGAAAGUAUCUGGAGGCAUGGCAAAGAUGAUGGAGGAGGUGAAAAAUGUCAUCCAAGCCUAUACGAAACACCAAUCUUCCGAAGUUGCCAACAGACCAAGUACUUCAACCUCGCCGGCCAGCGAGCAGUCUCCUCGGGAGAGCGCGGACAAUGAGAAAUGGGAGGCUUUGUAUCACUUCCUGGUCGAGUUUAUUUCCAGACACCCCGAGGAGUACAAAAACGGCAUCCCUCCUCUACAGGCUGUGUUGCGUAUCAUUUGGUGCCACACAAGAACCAGAAAAGUCACGGGCCAAACAGUUAUGCGCGGCAUAAACUUUCUCAAGUCUCUAUCCGUCCACGGACCCAGCCAAUCAAGCGAGGAGAACCUCAAAAGCCUGGGUUUUGUCCUAGACGACAAUUUCGACCGCACAUUUUGCGAAAAAGUGUUUUCGGUCGAGGGGUUGGAGCACGAGAUCAACGCCUACCAGGGCAGUCUUCGGCGGGAGUUUACAAACUGGGAACCGAUAGGAGGCGUGACAGAGGCUAUGGAGCUGGAUUAUCGUCUAGCGGAUCUAAGUAAUUGUUGGAGUUUUGUUGAGACGAGGGGGGGUUAUCUGGGACUGGGGCCCAAGGGUACGGUGCCAGGAGAUGUUGUGGCGAUUCUGAGGGGGAGUGGUGCGCCUGUGAUACUCAGGAGGAACGAUGAUCAUUUCAAGCAUGUUGGAGCGACUUUUAUUCUUGGUUUGGUGGAUGGUGAGCUUUCGGAGAGCAUAGAGGAAGGGAAAUGGCCUGUCCAGAGCUUCAAGAUCAUUUGA